AUGAUUUGCCACAACAAUUGGAGCCCAACUAAAACGUCCUUCAUAAACACCAUUCCGGCUCUGCCACGGAUUCUAUCUCACCCAUUAUUUUUUCCGGCCAAUAUCGUUUCUGCCCCUGUAUCUUACCCUCUCAGUCGCAAGAAGAAACAAUUGAAGCUUUACUGCGCACAAUCAACGAUGGAAACAGAGAAGAAAGCUGAAGACUCGGUCUUGAAUUUUGGGUUUCUUACAAAGAAGCCGUAUGUGCCUCCUUCAUGGGCUACCCAUCUCAGCCCCCUUCCUUCUCAUGUUUACUCUCUUGGCCAUUUUCCUACUCCAAUUCACAAAUGGAAUCUUCCCAAUUUGCCGAAGAACACGGAAGUUUGGAUAAAGCGUGAUGAUCUUUCAGGAAUGCAAUUAAGUGGCAACAAGGUUAGGAAACUUGAAUUUUUGCUGGCGGAUGCUGUGGCGCAGGGAGCAGAUUGUGUUAUAACUAUAGGAGGCAUCCAAAGUAAUCACUGUCGAGCUACUGCUGUAGCUGCCAAGUACUUGAAUCUUGAUUGCUAUCUGAUACUACGAACUUCCAAGGUUUUCGUGGAUAAAGAUCCUGGCUUGACAGGAAAUCUUCUGGUUGAGCGGUUAGUUGGAGCACACAUUGAUCUUGUUACAAAAGAAGAAUAUGCAAAAGUUGGGAGCAUGGCACUUGGUAAUAUUUUGAAAGAGAAGUUAGUAAGUGAGGGGCGAAAGCCAUAUGUCAUCCCUGUUGGUGGAUCCAAUUCUUUGGGAACCUGGGGCUAUGUUGAAGCUAUAAGGGAGAUAGAGCAGCAGCUUCAAAAUGGAGCAGGUGGAUUGGGUUUUGAUGACAUAGCUGUUGCUUGUGGCAGUGGGGGUACAGUAGCAGGUUUGUCAAUAGGAUCCUGGCUGAGCAGCUUGAAAGCAAAAGUUCGUGCAUUCUGUGUUUGUGAUGAUCCUGAGUACUUCUACGAUUAUGUUCAAGGGCUUCUUGAUGGACUUGAAGCAGGAGUAUCGUCACAUGAUAUUGUUGAUAUUCAAAAUGCUAAAGGCCUUGGAUAUGCUAUGAACACGACUGAGGAGCUCCAAUUUGUCAAGGAAAUUGCAGAGGCUACUGGUGUUAUUCUUGAUCCAGUUUACAGUGGAAAAGCAGUCUACCAAAUGAUGAAAGACAUGGCUGACAAUCCGGCGAAAUGGGAAGGAAGAAAGGUCCUAUUCAUACACACAGGCGGGCUUCUGGGCUUGUACGACAAGAUUGAUCAGAUGUCUCCGAUGAUGGGGAAAUGGCGAAAGAUGGAUAUCCAUGAAUCUGUUCCGAGGAAGGAGGGCACUGGGAAGAUGUUCUAG